AUGAAACCUAAAACAGCUAGAAUUAUAACACUAAUUUAUCAGAUUUUUUCAAUACUGGGAGAGAUAAUUAUACUAUUAUUAACACCAGAAACAGAAGAACAAUUAAUAUCAUCUGCAAACUCAUCACCCAUUUCAACACCACCACCACAACCUUUAAAAGUAUUAUUAAACGAUUCACAAAUUACAAAAGAAUCUAUUGAAGCAAUUGAAAUUGCACAAAGACUAAAUGUAGCGAUCAGUAGUGCUGUUUCUGCAAAUGCAUUAUCAUCUUAUAAUUAUGAAAUUAGCAAAGAAUUACAAAAAAGAAAACUAUCCAAAGGAAAAAUAGUGGUAGUAACUUUAGAUGGUGGUGGCAUUAGAGGUAUUGUUACCUUAACAAUGCUUAUGGAAUUGGAAAAGCUUCUAGGAUUUGAUAUUAUCGACAAAUCAUCAUUGAUUGGUGGUACAUCUACUGGAUCCAUUAUUGCAUUGGGUCGUUCAAAAGGAUUACCAUAUUCUGAAAUUUUAGAUAUCUAUAAGAACUUUGGAAAAGUUAUUUUCAAAGCACCAGUAAUGAACUUUUUUGUAGCAUCCACUUUGGCCAACUCUGAUAAAAAGAAAGAGGAAUUACAAAAAGUAUUUGGUAAUACCCAAUUAGGUGACUUUUGUCAACAUAAGAAGGUAUUUGUAGUUGUAUCCAAAGUUAAAUCACACACUGGAUCACCACUAACAACCUCACAGCAACAGCAACAGCAACAACAAACUCAAGAUUUCAAACAAAAAACAAUUUCAAAUUAUAGUAAAAAAUGGGAAACAGUGCAAGUUGCUGAUGCUUUGAAUGCAUCUUCUGCUGCACCAAUAUUCUUUAAACCAGUCGAAAUUUUAGGCGAAAAAUAUGUAGAUGGUGGUAUAAACUAUCAAAACAACCCUGUAUUAAUAGCCCAUAAAGAAUGUCAAAAACUUUUUGGCGAUAAACAUGAUUAUGUAUUCAUCUCAUUAGGCACUGGUUACUAUGACUCGUCUUCGGCCCCAACCGUAAACUCAACCAAUAGACUAGUAUCACAAGCCCAAGAAACAUUUAAGAAUGCUGUAAAUCUUGUCAAAAAUGCAGCAUUAUCAAUUGGUGAUAGUGAAACUGCUCAUCAAAUUAUGCUCAAACAACUCUCAGUCAAUAGGGGUAUAAGCUACUAUAGAUUCAAUGUUCCACUUUCGCAAAACUUUUCAUUAAGUGAUGCCUCUAAAUCUGCACUCUCUUCAAUGGAAAAUGAAACAAGAGCCCACAUGUUAUCAAACGAAAAAAUGAUGGACGAAAUCAAAAAACUCAAAUUCGAAAUCGAAACCAUCAAUAAUACCAAUAUUUAA